GAUCUUAGAAUCUCAAGCCAUGUAUUUCCUUGGACUGCUGUCUUUGCUUGUUUGGCAAAGCAAAGCCUUCAAGACAAAUUUUCCUGAUGAAACCAUUGCUGAGCUUUCUGUGAAUAUUUACAAUCAGCUGCGAGCUGCAAGAGAAGAUGAGAAUAUUCUUUUCUCUCCUCUGAGCAUUGCAAUAGCCAUGGGAAUGGUAGAGCUUGGAGCCCAUGGAACCACUUUGAAAGAAAUUCGACAUUCCUUGGGUUUUGACAGCUUAAAAAAUGGUGAAGAGUUUGCCUUCUUGAAGGAACUUUCUGAUAUGGCAACUACUGAAGAAAGUCAUUAUGUUCUGAAUAUUGCUAACUCUCUGUAUGUGCAGAAUGGAUUUCAUAUCAGUGACAAAUUUCUGCAGUUGGUGAAAAAAUACUUUAAAGCUGAAGUAGAGAAUAUAGAUUUCAGCCAAAGUGCAGCUGUAGCUACCCACAUCAAUAAGUGGGUGGAGAAUCAUACAAAUAAUAUGAUCAAAGAUUUUGUGUCUUCAAGAGAUUUUGGUGCUCUAACUCAUUUGGCUCUCAUCAACGCAAUUUACUUUAAAGGCAAUUGGAAAUCACAGUUCAGACCUGAAAAUACAAGAACUUUUUCUUUCACUAAAGAUGAUGAAAGUGAAGUGCAGAUUCCAAUGAUGUACCAGCAGGGAGAGUUUUACUAUGGAGAGUUCAGUGAUGGCUCCAAUGAAGCAGGUGGUAUCUAUCAAGUUCUGGAAAUACCAUAUGAGGGAGAUGAAAUUAGUAUGAUGAUCGUUCUUUCCAGACAGGAAGUUCCACUGGUCACGUUGGAACCACUGGUCAAAGCCUCGUUGAUUAAUGAAUGGGCUAAUUCUGUAAAGAAGCAAAAAGUGGAAGUCUAUUUACCAAGGUUCACAGUAGAACAGGGAAUUGAUCUGAAAGAUGUCUGGAGAGGUCUCGGAAUUACAGAGCUGUUCAGCAGUAGUGCUGACCUCACUGCCAUGUCCGAUAACAAAGAACUUUACCUUGCAAAAGCGUUUCACAAGGCAUUUCUAGAAGUUAAUGAGGAAGGAUCAGAAGCUGCUGCUGCCUCAGGAAUGAUUGCCAUUAGCAGAAUGGCAGUGCUGUAUCCUCAAGUUAUAGUUGAUCAUCCCUUUUUCUUUUUGGUCAGAAACAGAAGAACAGGUACUGUGUUAUUCAUGGGAAGGGUAAUGCACCCUGAAGCAAUGAAUACAAGUGGUCAUGACUUUGAAGAGCUUUAACUGCCACCAGUUACCAAAAAGAGGAGAUAAGCACAUAAAGUUUGAAGUUAAUAUAUUUAAGGUUUGCUGUGUUUUCCCCCAAGAUAUUGUUUAAAACGCUUUCAGAUCUAACUGUGUGCAAGUCAGUUUCCAGAGGAAAGCUUACAGUAUUAAAAUAAUGAUUCUGUUUCUGUCAUUGUGAUUGCCGUGUCCUUAAAAUAAAAUUGUGUACAUGUCAACAACUGUUUCUUGUUCUAGUGAAUUGUAAAGCAAAAAACCUUGCAAAUCCAUUAUUCGUCAUUCUUUUUAAAGUACAAAGACUGACUUGAUCAAUGAGACAGGAGCGGAAUGUGUGCAGCUCUGAAUAACGCAAAUGGCAAACCUUGAUGAUAAUUUAUAGAGUUGAAGAACCACAUCUGGACAAUGUGAUCUUUUCCUGUUCCUGUAAAAGUAGUAAACAGACUGCGAUACGCUGUCUCAUCAAAGUUAAUGGAACAAAUUAAGCCUAGUGGAUUUUAUUCUAUAACUGCGGUAGACCUUGUGUGAACUCUCCCACAUGUGAUUCUAAAAUGUUGCUUUUAUGAAUGCUCCUGCAUGCGACUCUGCAAUUCACCUUCCGUAACUGUUGAUGCCGAUAAAAUUUGAUCGCAUGAAUAUUUGAGACUAGUCAGUGUAGAAUAGCUAUGUAUGUGACUAAAGUAAAAUAGUUGAAUGGUAA